AUGUUAUCGAUACAAUCGCAGCUGCUCCUGGUCCUGGCCAUGGCCGGUGGCCUCUCACUGGUGAGCGCAGCUGGACGCGAUGAGCUGCGUCCAACGGUGGCGCCUUUGGUCAGCUCCACGAUGAAGCCAACGAGCGCGCCAAAGCUGGAGGCGAAACCCAGCAAACCACUGAUGAUCAUCAAUGCACCACCGAUGAAACAGAAGCACCUGCUCAAGUCGACGGUGCAGGUGAAGGAUGCGAAGCCGCUGCAGGUGACGGGCUUCAUAACCAAGUCGGGCAACAUCUACGAGAUCGAGGACAAGCGCGGCAUCGGACACAUUGAGUCCCGUCAAGCGGACCAGCCCGAGGACCAGCAAAUUGUCUGCAAUUACGGCAGUGUUGUCAUCUACAGCGAUGUGCCCUGCGACCAGGUGACAAAUGUCCAGGUCGGUGAGGUGCAAGCGCUGAAGGACGAGCAACCCUCAUCCGAGCAGCCACCCACUGAGGCACAGCAGUCCAACGGAGCGGAGGACAACAACACUGAAGCUGGCAACACGCCACGUCAGCAGAGCGUGCCACAGCGUCGACGUCGUCGUCGUCGUCCUGUCGCCGCUGGACAGCAGCAGCAGCGGCAGCAGCAGCGUCGCCGCAUCCGAGUCAAUGCCAAUGGCAAUCGCAAUGGACGGGCUGGUCAACGUCGUCCUGCCAACAGGCAACAGCAGCAGCAACAGCAGCAGCAGCGUCGCCGUCGCCAGCAGCAACGUCGCCGUCGCCAGCAGCAGCAGCAGCGA